UACCAGUUGGUGGCGGUCAUUCCCCAUUUUGUUGUUAGCCAACCGCCAAAAACAAUCAACAAGAAGAAGAGUCGUCUGCUCUGAUGUGGCUAGGUUAAUGUUAGCAAGGUAGCACUAAUGGUUGCUCUCUCUGUUGGAUAUUUCCCCCCCAUUGCUAUUUCGACAUGGGCAAGAGAGACAAUCGAGUGGCUUACAUUAACCCCAUUGCUGCUGCACGAGCCAGGGGGCCGUCAAAUAACGCAGGGCCAACUAUACAAGAUUAUUUAAGCAGACCUCGACCAACAUGGGAAGAGUUAAAGGAGCAGCUGGAGAAGAAGAAGAAGGGCUCUCGAGCCCUGGCUGACUUUGAGGACAAAAUGAACGUGAAAUGGAAGAAGGAACUGGCAAAAAACCGAGAGAAGAUAAUGGGUGGAGGUGAAAAAGACAAAAAGACAAUGGACAAGGAUAAAGAGAAAAAAGAGAAAAAGAAGAAAGAGAAGAAGAAAUCCAACAGGCAUUCUUCAUCUUCCUCCUCCUCAUCGAGUUCUGAUUCCCCCAGCAGCUCCUCCUCAGAAUCUGAAUAUGCGGAUGAAAAGAAGAGUGUGAAGAAAAAACGGAAGAGAAAGAAGUCCUCAGCCAGGAGAGCAUCGGACAGCUCAGAGGAAGAAUCUGAUGCUGAAAGCAAGAAGAAAAAGAAAAGAAUCAAGGAAGAAGGGGACAAAGAUAAGAAUGACAAGAGCCGUAAAAGAAAAAGGAAGGCCGAGCGGAGUUACAGAGACUCCUCUUCAGAGUCGUUUGCAGAAUCUGAGGGGGAAGAGGCCAAGAAGAAAAAGAGAAGUAGCGAGGAAAAGGAGAGAAUCACAGACACAUCCAAGAAGAAGAGGAAAAAGAAGCACAAGAAACACGGCAGAAAAAAGAAAAAGAAGGCAGCAUCUCAGUCCGACUUGGAGCUCGACUAAGAACCGUAGCUGUACGGUUCUCUCAUCCUUCUGAUGGAUCACAAGUAGUGUUGUUUUGUCUGUUGACCUCUAAAGACUUCUCCCAUCCGGCUUUGGUCAUCACGCUUGAACAAGAGACCUACAAACUUGCAAUGCUGGGGUUCUGUGAGUGAAGUGAAAUUGAGGGAGGCACCCCCAUCCCUCUAUAUGGCAACUACCGGUACAUAUUUUCUGUUGAUUUUUAUCACCAUGCUUUUUGUUGAUAAUUGUUGUUUCAACCACGGGACUGAAGUGAAUUCCCCAUACUUUUCCCCCUCAUCUUGGAGACUUCAGUGUGACUGGCACUCGCUUUCACCUUCACUACGCUGGCCCUCCUGGAGUCGCUCUGUCUUCAUACCAGAGUCUUGCAGUUCUAGUUGCUAGAUGAGUCAUGCUAGUGCCUGCGUCGUGCAUGUAGACCUGAUGUCUUGCCAGCCUCAUAUUGAAGUUGGACUUAUGAUAAGAAAUGUGAGCUGCACCGUCAACAUUUAUACAAGGGAUAAUUGUUCCGUUAGAAUUGUUACACUACAGUGAACAUGUAUAAACAAUGGAAAUUCAUUAAUAAAGUAUUGUUUUAGCCUUU